CGAUACAGAAAUCCCCCAACGGAUAGGAUAAAAGUCUGGCGGGCGUAGGAGAGUGACGCAGAGUGCGAGUGGCGAGUGAGCUCUGAAAAGAAAAGGCAACAAUGGCGGCCUCUGCAACUGCAACAAUUUCGUUAUGCUCUACCUUCGCAACCCAUUGCAAAAUCUCGCAAAACCUUCAAACUCCGGCAACCCAUUUCAGCUUUCCGUCUCUCUCCUCCUCUUCUUCCCACAAGCUGUCUUCUUGCUCUUUACGGCGACCCACAUUCCCGCUUCUGAUCAAGUCGUCGGAGUCGGAUUCAGCCGUGGUGGUCGAGGCCGAGUUUCAAGCUCCCGAACCAGAGGCCGGGCCCGAUGAUUCGGAGCCAGCGGCCUUGCAAGUCGUGGAAACCCCUUCGUCGGAGGCCCCAAAACGAGAGCAGCUGUUCGGCGUUGUCAUGGUCGGUGGGCGCCAGUACAUUGUCAUUCCUGGACGAUUUAUCUAUACUCAGCGGCUAAAAGGCGCUAAUGUCAACGACAAGAUUGUUCUCAACAAAGUGUUGUUGGUGGGGACUAAAACAAGUACGUACAUUGGAAAGCCAGUGGUGACAAAUGCCGCUGUACACGCUGUCGUUGAAGAGCAGGGACUUAAUGACAAAGUGGUUGUCUUCAAGUAUAAAAAGAAGAAAAAUUAUAGGAGAAACAUCGGUCACCGACAGCCGAAUACGCGCAUAAGGAUAACAGCGAUCACAGGCUACCAAGACUAUCCAGCAGUUACUCUCGAGUCGUAGGGCUGCAUAGGAAGGUUUGAACGUAUGAUUCGUGAUUGGUUUUGUGCGUCUUGUGAAAUGUUAUGAAGUAAUGAAUCAGAAAUUUCUUUUUUCAUAGAUUCGUUUCGGUUCUCAUUUUGCAUGUAAGCUGGUAUAUGGUUCAACAUUCGUUUCAAUUCCACUAUUGAUUUGUGUGUCGUUACUAA